AUGUAUGGGACACAGGUUUUGAAGUGGCUGACCACUGCCAUCAACAUCACAACUCCCGCCACCAUCGCUACGCCCCCGACUUCAGAGACUUCCGGGUCCGUCGUCGCCAGAGCCGAGUGCGAAAAUAGCCCGACUUCGAGACAAUGCUGGACGGGGAACUUCAGCAUCGAUACCGACUUUCAUCACACGUGGCCGGAUACUGGUGUCACUGUUUCGUACGAUUUCAGGAUUCAGAACCGGACGAUGGCGCCUGAUGGAGUGCCAAAGUGGAUGGCCGUUAUGAACGGCCAGUUUCCCGGCCCCACCAUCUACGCUGACUGGGGCGACACCAUCAGCGUCAGCGUCACCAACGAACUCGAAAACAACGGCACGGCCAUACACUGGCAUGGAGUCCGCCAAUUCGGGUCACCUGACAUGGACGGCACCGCGGGCAUUUCUGAAUGCCCCAUCCCCAGCGGUCAGACGCGGACCUACACGUUCAAGGCGACCCAGCACGGUACCUCGUGGUAUCACCCGCACUACAGUGUUCAAUACGGAAACGGCCUUGUUGGAGGGAUUGUCAUCAAUGGCCCUGCCGUGUCCAACUACGACAUUGAUAUGGGAGUUUUGACCUUCAUGGACUGGUUCCACGAGCCCAUAUUCGAAGUCAAUGCGGCUACCCUGCAUAGCUCUGGCCCGCCCACCGCCCAAAACCUCUUGAUCAAUGGUACCAUGGUGUACAAAACCCUAGGAAGGUAUCACGAGACCACGUUGACACCGGGAAUGAGGCAUCGGCUGCGCCUGAUCAAUACUGGCUUCAAUAACCAUGUCCAUGUGAAGUUGGAGGAUCACCCAUUCGAGGUGAUUGCGGUGGACUUUACUGCCAUUGAACCCUACGUGACGGACUCGCUUUCCAUUGGCAUCGGUCAACGUUACGAUGUCAUCAUAGAGGCCAACCAGACUAACAACUCCACCGCCAGAGCCAUAUUCCACUAUGACGGAUCCACUACCCCGGUGGAUAUCUCCACGACUACCGAGUUACCAACGGGUUGCCACGAUGAGGCCAAUGUGGAACCGUGGGUCAGGACUGCGGUCCCACAGAAUGUGCCCGAGGAACUAUUGCUAGGCUUCCAAAGCAAUGACACUACUGUUGGCGAGACACUGGUUCAAUGGCUCAUCAACGGUAGCAGGAUAGCAGUAAAUCACAGCUAUCCGACGAUGCAGGGUCUCAUUGAUGGCGUUUCGGACUGGCCGAAGGACAACAACGUCUACAAGCUUGGACAGGCCAACAAGUGGUGGUAUUGGGUCAUCCAAGCCGGCGGGGAGACGGGACCCCCCGACCACCCUAUCCAUCUUCACGGCCACGACUUCCACGUACUUGGCUCGGCCAGAAACAGAACGUGGGACGGCGACAUCAGCACCCUGCGCUUCUCCAACCCGCCCCGUCGCGAUACCGCAAUGCUGCCCUCACUGGGCUACUUGGUCCUCGCGUUCGAGUCGAACAACCCGGGGAUUUGGCUGAUGCAUUGCCAUGUGCCUUUCCACCAGUCUCAAGGGUUCGCAUUGCAGUUCUUGGAGCGCGAGGAUGAGAUCUUGCAGAUGAUUGAUACGGCUGCCGUUGAAGACCGAUGUGUUGCUUGGCGGGAAUUUGCUACGGCAAGGAUUGAGCAUACCCCUGGCGAUUCCGGGAUCCGUCUCCAUUGAGGGGAGUGGCAAGUACAUGAGCUGGAUUCGCUGCUGGGCGUCGGCUUAGCGGUAGUGGUUGGGGAGUUGGUGGGGAGCUUUUGCACGCCGUCUCGAG